AUAUAUACCUUAUUUUAGUUCAUUUGUGGUGUCAACAAUAACCCAAAAAAAUGUGUAACUCUUCCCUCCCAUUGUUUCUUCUUUUGGUUUUGUGCAUCAUUUCAGCCUCAGCUGAUCCUUAUUACGAAAACUCUGACUAUAAACCUUCCUCUUCCUACACAACCACAAGUGACACUGUCUUCUCUCUUAAAGUACCAACGUUAGAUGAAACCACCUUUGAUAAUCUUCUAUCCUUUGGUUACUACCGCAAAACCUGCCCCAAGUUUGAGUCCAUCCUACACAACAAAGUGAAAGAAUGGAUCAAGAAGGACUACACUUUAGCAGCUAGUCUCAUGAGGCUCCACUUCCAUGAUUGCUCUGUCAGGGGAUGUGAUGGGUCUAUUCUGUUGAAGCAUGAUGGAAGUGAGAGAACAGCAGAAGCUAGCAAGACGCUGAGAGGGUUUGAAGUGGUGGAUGAUAUCAAGGCAGAGUUAGAGAAACAAUGUCCCAAGACUGUGUCUUGUGCUGACAUUCUCACUGCUGCUGCAAGGGAUGCCACAGUUGAGGUAGGUGGACCUUAUUGGGCCGUUCCUUAUGGUAGGAAAGAUGGUAAAGUCUCCAUUGCUGAGGAAGCAGCUUUGGUGCCUAUGGGCCAUGAAAACAUCACUUCCAUGAUUGAGUUUUUCCAGUCCAGAGGCAUGACUGUGCUUGACUUGGUUGUUCUCUCAGGGGCUCAUACUAUUGGAAGAACUUCAUGUGGGUCCAUUCAAUAUAGGCUAUACAAUUACGAAGGAACAGGAAAAGCAGACCCAACCAUAGAUCCUAAGUAUCUGAACUUCUUGCAAAGGAAGUGCAGAUGGGCCUCAGAGUAUGUGGAUCUUGAUGCUACAACACCAAAGAUCUUUGACAAUGUUUACUACAUAAAUUUGAAGAAAAAAAUGGGGUUGUUAUCUACUGAUCAGUUGCUGUACUCAGAUCCAAGGACUGCACCUCUUGUUUCAGCAUUGACUUCUACACAUUCUGUUUUUGAGCACCAAUUUGCAGUGUCAAUGGGAAAGCUUGGCAUUGUUGAUGUUAUCACUGACCAAGAUGAAGGAGAAAUCAGGACCAAUUGCAAUUUUGUUAAUGCUUAUUAUUGAUUUCAUCUAUGAUUUUUUAUUUUAUUUGUACUUGGGAUUUGUUUCCUACCACUUUCUUCUUUUUUCUGAAUGCUAAUGCUUUCAAAUUGUUACAUCAAGUAAUCUACACUUUUUCUUUGUUUA